AAUACAUUGACAUAUAUAAAAGGGAAAAUAUGGCAUCCAGCUCGUUUGUUGUUAUUAUUAUCAGAGACGGUUUAGUAUAGAGUAUCUUUGUUAUUAUUCAGCUGUGUGGUUGUGUUCAGUGCGUGACUCAAACACAGUAACCGUCGUGGUGUUUGAGAAGCGUUUUGUUGACAUACUGGAACAUGGCUAACUCUGCCUGGUCAGAGAAAAUACUCCAACUCCUCCGCCGAAUGAAUAACUUCCAUUUACCAGGCUCCUGUCGCCCUCACUGCUUUAGGUUUGAGAUAAACGAAGCCCAAGUUGGUUGGAUUCCUCCUCACGUCGCUUCGCGGCGUGUUGCCCUCUGGGAAACUGAGUUUGACGCCCCUGUACUAAGGGAUGUGACAGGGCAGAUAAAUUGGGGUGGCAGAAGCUCAGUUCUUAGGGAACUGGGUUGGAAACCGGAGGGUCGCUGGUUCAAGUCCCAGUACGGACCAGCUACCAUGGAUUGCAUUCCUGUCUUUCAGAAGUACAGCGUGAUGUCAAAAUUCUCGGACCCUCCUUUGAUGUGGAUGGAGAGAGCCGCUACAAGUCUUUUUGGGGUGAAGCGGUAUGGCGUCCAUAUCAAUGGCUACACAGUCAGUGAGGCUGGGGAGGUCAGCAUGUGGCUGGCCCGACGCUCCCCGACUAAACAGACGUACCCUGGACUACUGGACAACGUGGCAGCAGGCGGUCUGGCUGCUGGUGUUGGCAUCAAACACACUCUGGUCAAAGAAUGUCAGGAGGAAGCACGUAUCCCAGCAGCCAUUGCUGAGAAGGCUCAUCCUGUGACCACAGUAAGCUACACCUACGAGGAAGAAGACGGUGUGUUUGCAGAAAUUCAGUUUGUCUUUGAUCUGGAACUGCCUCGGGAGUUCAAGCCCAGAGUAGGUGAUGGAGAGGUGCAGGAGUUCUACCUUCUGCCCAUAGAUAAGGUGAAAGAACUGCUGGCCACUGAGGACUUCAAACCCAACUGUGCCAUGGUGGUCCUGGACUUCCUCAUUAGACACUCCUUUAUCGAGCCAGACGCAGAACCAUGCUAUCAGGAAUUUGUGGCAGGACUCCAUCAGACAUUAGAGUGAAGCUGAGGAGUGGGCCACCUGGCAGAGGUUUACAUUCAUCAAAUCUUAGCCUUGCAGCAGUCAACCUAUAUGUUGU